AUGUCAAAUCGAGCGGUAAGAUUAACUGAGAAUGGUACGAAAGCUUCAGAGGGAAGUCAUCUCGAUCCAUGUGGGCCAAGCCGGCGUCCAGAUCGGGAACGCGUGCUGGGAAUUGUAUUGUUUAGAGCAUGGGAUUCAACCAGAUGGGACGAUGCCGACUGACACCUCGGCUGGGUACGAAGAUGACUCCUUCAACACGUUUUUCUCCGAAACCUCUUCUGGAAAACAUGUUCCCAGGGCAAUUAUGAUCGAUCUUGAACCCACUCCUGUUGGUAAGAACACUUACUAAAAAAUAAUAUAAAUAUUCAAUGACUUACUUUAGAUGAGAUCCGAACAGGAACUUAUCGUCAUCUCUUCCAUCCGGAACAAUUGCUGACUGGCAAGGAAGAUGCCGCUAAUAAUUAUGCCCGAGGGCAUUACACAAUUGGCAAGGAAAUCAUUGAUGUUUGCAUGGACCGAGUUCGGAGAUUGGCUGACAAUUGCAGAGGUCUUCAAGUGAGUUCAAUAUACAGUUACACUGGUUGCUUAAUUGCUUCAGGGAUUUCUUAUCUUCCACAGUUUCGGCGGAGGGACUGGCUCCGGAUUCACGGCUCUUCUGAUGGAAAGAUUGAGCGUGGAUUACGGAAAGAAAAGCAAACUCGAAUUCUGCGUGUAUCCAGCUCCUCAGGUAGGAUUACUGUAUCUUCAAUAUAAAUUUAGAUCUCGACUGCGGUGGUUGAGCCUUAUAACUCAAUUCUGACGACACAUACCACUCUAGAACAUUCCGAUUGUUCCUUUAUGGUGGACAACGAGGCCAUCUACGACAUUUGUCGAAGGAAUCUCGACCUUUCUCGUCCCACUUACACCAAUUUAAAUCGAUUGAUCGCGCAGGUCAUCAGUUCCAUCACUGCUUCCCUUCGUUUCGAUGGGGCUUUGAAUGUUGAUCUCACUGAAUUUCAAGUACUGCUUUAUUGAUAGCCCUAAAUUGAUACCAUUCUUUAGACAAAUCUGGUUCCCUAUCCCCGAAUUCACUUUCCUCUCACCACGUAUGCUCCAAUCAUCUCAGCAGAAAAGGCUUACCAUGAGCAGAUGAAUGUGGCCGAGAUAACCCAGCAAUGUUUCGAGCCCGGGAAUCAAAUGGUUAAAUGUGAUCCACGACAUGGCAAGUAUAUGGUAAGUCGAUCAAAUCUAGGAUGUUCAUUCUAGGCGUGUUGUCUUCUCUUCCGAGGCGACGUUGUUCCGAAAGAUGUGAACGCAUCCAUCGCCCAGAUCAAGACCAAAAGGACCAUUCAAUUCGUGGAUUGGUGUCCCACUGGAUUUAAAGUCGGGAUCAAUUAUCAGCCCCCGACGGUCGUGCCCGGAGGGGAUUUGGCGAAACUCCAACGAGCCGUGUGCAUGCUCUCAAAUACCACAGCAAUCGCCGAGGCCUGGGCAAGAUUGGAUCACAAAUUCGACCUGAUGUAUGCAAAGAGAGCCUUCGUUCAUUGGUAUGUGGGGGAAGGAAUGGAAGAAGGGGAAUUCUCUGAAGCCCGGGAAGAUCUGGCAGCCCUGGAGAAGGACUACGAGGAAGUUGGGAUUGAUUCAAAUCCACCUUCAGACCUGGACGAUGAUGAUUACUAA